CACAGACGUGCGAGUGUUCCGCAUACAAGAAAACUCACGUGCCAAAAAUAUUACGAUCAUAACCAUGUUUUUAAUGUGAUUUAUAUUUAAUGAAAUAAGAAGAAUAUCAUACACUUUAUUAUUAAUUUAAAAAAAUAUUUGUUUACUUUAAUUGAAUUGUGAUUUAUAUAUUUUUUUAAAAAUGGUGACAAAUACGCAGUGGCUCUUGGUUAUUGGAAUUACCGCACUACAAUUUUCUGCGUUCCAUAUGCAGGAACAAAAUUUUGUGAAGGACGAGCAGAGAAAAAAACCUCAAUCUGUACGAGAUCUAUUGAAGACAGGUUCCUGCAUACCAGCCCCAUACAGAUGUCCACAUCCUAAAAUGCAAUAUUAUUUAUACACCAGAACGACUCAAGAGAAGGGAGAAUUAUUAAAUACACUCGACAAUGAGUCUUUAACACGCUCAAGAUUCAAUACAAAACACCCAACCAAGGUGGUAGUCCAUGGAUUUGGAGGGGGUAGAAAUCUGUCACCCAGCACUGAUAUGAGGAAUGCUUACUUUGCAAGAGGAAACUAUAACAUAAUAAUUGUGGAUUACGGAUCCCUCGUCAAGGAACCUUGUCUCAGUCAGAUAGAAUGGGCCCCUCGGUUUGCAGCCACGUGUAUUACUCAGUUAGUGGAGUAUCUUCAGUACCACCCAAAAAAAGCUGUGCCUCCAGAAAAGAUCCACACAAUCGGCUACAGCGUCGGAGCUCAUAUCCUCGGCCUCGUUGCCAACCAUUUAUCUGAGGGAAAACUCGGCAGAAUUACUGGUCUUGAUCCAACCAUUUUCUUCUACAUGGGGAACAAUAGGUCCCGUGACCUUGACUACACGGAUGCCCAUUUUGUAGAUAUUUUACACACAGGAGCAGGAAUACUUGGUCAAUGGGGCCCAAACGGUCAUGCAGAUUUUUACGUCAAUGGCGGAUCAAGCCAACCUGGAUGCGCCCAUGAUACUAUUUUUCAAACUUUGUCCUGUGAUCACACGAAAGUAACCCCAUACUUCAUAGAAUCAAUUACUAGUCCAGUUGGUUUUUGGGCAGGGCCUUGUCCCAACUUAUUUUCGUAUCUGAUUGGAUGGUGUGAGCCAAAAGAUACUCAAUAUGUUCUCAUGGGUGAACACGUCACACAUAAAGCUCGAGGAGUUUACUAUGUGACCACAAACGCUAAUCCUCCCUACGCUAGAGGAUUCCCUGGAAAGAACAGGAAAUUGAGAUCCAUCUCACCUUAUAGUUGAUUGAAAAGAAAUAUUCAAUAUUUAAUAAUGAUUUCGUUCCAUUACACGAUUCUAAGUUGUAUUCGGUCUAAGUAACAAUAACAUCCUACUGAUUUAAGUCAUUUCUUUCAAAAUAAGAAUGUAAAAAUAAAUUUUUGUAACAACUUUCUUAUUUAAUGUUAUAUCAAAUAACCAAUCAAUAUAAUGUGAUGUUACGAGAUAUUGUCAUAAUCAAAAGUGAAUAGAAUAUUAUAUGUAUAUAAAAAUAAAAAUAGGCUUUAGGUCCUACCUCAUAUUUUAUUAAAAUAAUGCUAAUAUGAAUAUUUUUAACGUGAUCACUCAGCUGUUUCAUUACAAUUAUCAUUGUAAAAAAUAUAUGAAAUUUUAUUGCUUUAAAAAAAUUAUGACCUCAUGACGUAAUUUACGAACACGAUGUAUUUAUUAAAAUUAUUAUGUCCUGAAAAUUUUUUUACCAUAUUAAGAAAGAUAAUGGAUAAUGGAAAAAGAAUUUUAAGAGAGACAAUUAAAUAUGUAUGUAUAUUAUUUUAAUUAUAUUAGAUUUGAAUUUCUAAACUUACCUGAGGAUCUCCAACAUUUGUCUGUUGUGUUGCUCAAUAGGUUUCACUCAGUAAUAAAUUGCCAUUUCGUUUGUAACUAAGUUAAGUUAAGUUAGCAUAGUAACAUGGUGUGAUUUAUUUAUUAAUUUCAAUAGAAUAUAAAUAUAUAUUAAGUAAUUA